AAUGCGAACCCACAGGUGAAAGACGUGUCGCAGCUUCCGACGAGGCAAGCCAAGGGCGGCGACAGUGGUAAAACCGAGCACUAUCCACAUGAGGUCUACAGAACAAGGAAUUUGAAGGGCAGCUGUGACGAUGUCGACGACGCGAGCGACGAGGAGGAGGAGGAGGAGGACAAGGACGACGGCGACAGCGAGCCGCUCGAUGCGCAGGAGGUGUACGACCUCAUAUCGUCGAUCUCCGAUCCGGAGCACCCCCUCACGUUGGGCCAGCUUUCUGUGGUGAACCUCGGCGACAUCCGUGUGAGACACCCGGAUUAUGCUUCCGGCCGUGUCGGAGAGGUCAACGUCCAGAUCACCCCUACGAUCACGCACUGUUCCCUCGCCACACUCAUCGGCUUGGGAAUCCGUGUCCGUCUCGACCGCAGUGUUGACAAGGCUUACCGGAUUGGCAUAUACGUUAAACAAGGAACGCACCAGAGUGAGGGCCAGGUGAACAAGCAGUUGAACGACAAGGAACGGGUCUGUGCCGCGUGCGAGAACCCGCAGUUGGUUAAGGUGGUGGGGCGAAUGUUGGCCACCUGC